AUGCACUUGUGUGCGUCGUCUUUCUCUCUCUCCUUCUCAUCUGUUCUCUGUCAACUCCACCGCGCACUCCGCAACACUCCCCAUACACAUCUCUCCCCGAGCAGCACCGCGUUUGUAUGUUUGGCACUUUGCGCUGCCUCUGCGUGUUGCCCUGUACCGUCCCGCGCCUCUAGUGAGGAAACAAAAAAAGUUUCGCGGGCCUUCGCUUGCUUGUUUCACUGCUCCGUCAUCGGCCGCCUUCCCUCUCAUCGAGCGACACACUUACCUCUUCGUACAGAAAUGACCGAGUACGCUGGGACCCAGACCACAAGGCACGCUCAAUCGCUGAAGUCGACGCUGCCGGCAAGUGAAACGAGGGGGAGUAUGCCCGCCGCCACCGCUCUGCCGUCGAUGAGGGACAUAGGCGUGUAUCCCAGAGCACUCCCGCCCCUCGGGGAGAACGAGGCAUGCAGCAACAAUAACACCACGUGCAGCAUCCAGCACGACUUUGAUUCCUCGGCAGCGGGGAACGUGCGCACAACCGCCGCCAUGGGCGCAACGGUUCCGGCUUCCUCGUUCUGUUCGACAUGCACGGAUAAAGAUCCGUCCGGCGGUCUGCCGCUGCUGCGCGUGGGCAACUCUGCGCCUCCUCCGUUGACGCCGACAGCCCUCGUUACCACAUUACCGGCUCUGUCGGGGCAGCACGCCCUUCACUGUCCUCGUAAUGCAACCGCUAGCACUGGUAGCCCCCGCGUGCCCGUCGGCCUUACACGUGCGAGCCUGCAGCACCACGACGAAAAUGACGCGUGCCCACACUUGCAAAGCACGGGUCAAGGCGACGAAGCCGCCCUGCGGUCCAGCCAAAGAGCGUGCAGCCUAGCGCCCACGGAAAAUUACGUCAACCAGCUCGCCGAUCAGCGCCCGGCACUCGCUGUCGAGCAGGGUCCGCGAAGGGGUGAGGCAACGCCGAGCCUACAUGCAGCACCAUCCCGGUCAGAUAACACGGAGGUAGAUUUGCUGGCGCGCCAGCUCGUGCAGCAUACUGUUCUUUGGUCGUCCAUGUGCGACUCUGUUUCCGGCUGCGCGUCGCCCGCACGUGGUCGUCGUGGCGAAGUCGUCAAGUCGACGCUGCGAGCCGGCAGCGUGGGCACGGGAAGCGGCGCUUGCCCGCACGAAGCGACAGCGACCGUGCCAGUCCUCAGUACGACCGCAGCAACGUCCAGCCCGUCAUGUGUGGGGAUCCUAAACUCUACCAACGUGCACAGCUCACACCACGACAAAACGGACAACGCGACUGCAGGCAGCUCUCCCCUCACCUAUGCAGACAACCCUACCUUAUCGACUCGCGAGACGUUCCCGAUCCCUCGCUGCUGCCCCGAUGACUUACUGCGAGGUGACGACAAGAUUUGGAUCCCCGGCAAACCGCUGCGGAUCGCGUACGUUACGUGGAACAUGGCAAGCAAGAGGCCACGCACCGGCGAGGUUUCCGCCCACUGUAUCUACCCCAACGCACACUUGGUGGUGGUCGGCACCCAGGAGAACGGUCCCUAUGUGAUGUCGAACAAGCGCCAGCGCCGGUGGACGAAAAUCGUUUCGCAUGCCUGCCUUGGUGGGCAGUACGAGCUGGUCGGCCAGCACCAUAUGUGGGCGGUGCAGAUGCUCGUUUUUGCUCGUCGCCGCGACGUGGCUCACUACAUCUCGCGGGCCCACGCGUCGCACGUGAAGACGGGGCUGCUGAACGGCCUGGGUGGGAACAAGGGCGGCGUUGCUGUGGGACUAGUCUUAUCUCUGACGCCUAAAGACGCAGCGCCCCCCCAUCGUGCGAAAGCACAUCUGACCAUCACUUCUGCUACGCGGGCCCCACCGCUGAAGAGUAAGACGUCCGGGGCACGAGGCACGUCGAUAAAGGGAUCCGCAAUCACCCCUCAAAAGCCCGACAGCUCAAUGGUAACGGGGAGAGAAACUAGCGCUGCUUUCAUGCUGUCGAAAUCCUCAGCGGACUGCGGCGCUGGAGCGCCUCCGCCUGUGAUGAGAAAUCCGUAUAUGCUACACGACGCUGACGACGAAUACGGUAAGCUGCUGCGCAAGCGCAGCUUGCCCGAUGCCAACAGCACAGGUAACUUCUUCUGCGACGACGGUGACACCGUCUUAGAAAAUGACGGGGUCUUCUCGCCUGCCGAGAUGAUGAGCCGUAACACCUUAUCUGAGCUGACGACUGAGCACGCCGAUGCCGACCACUCUCACCGGCACACACAGCGCUCCGAGAACGGCACGGAUCGGCAGGAACGUGGUGGCGGCGACGACGACGACGCUUCAAGUGACGGCAGACCAGAUAGUGUCACGCCGAAUUACAUGACGCUGCUGUUCAUCACCGCGCACCUGACGGCGCACCAAGGUGCUGUCAGAAACCGCAACAAGGACUACCGGAAGAUUGUCUAUGGCCUGCAGCUGGGCCGCCGCGGCCCGUAUCGUAAGUUCUUCAAGCUGCUGCUGGGUCGGAAGAAAGUGCUGGAGGGUGACGAUGAGGAGGAGGCAAGCGAUGAGGACGACGAGGCUGAUUGUUGGGAGGACAACAACCCGGAAGAGGGUGUGAUGCCUUUAAGGCUGCCCGUUGUAUCGGGAGUGGAGCGCAAGCGAAAAAUGCGCCGCGACGUGACGGAGGAAUUCGACCUCACUUUCUUCGGCGGCGACCUGAACUACCGCAUCAACGGCACUCGCAAGGCCAUCGAAUACGUCAUCCAGCACCACAGCAACAUUCGAUCUAUCCUCAUCAACAAUGACCAGCUGAGCCUUGAGCGGGCCCGCGGGAAAGUGUUUCAAAGGUUCCAGGAGGGUGACCUUCUCUUCCGCCCAACAUACAAGUACGAAGUAUCGGCUGGCGGCGGCUUCACCCUUAACGAGUACAACUUUUCGCAAAAGAAGAACCGCAUGCCGGCCUACUGUGACCGGAUCUUGUACAAGAAACGGAUGAGCUCGGCCGCCCGCCGCAUCACCAUUCGGCUCUACACAGACGUCCCAAAUGUCCGCUCGAGCGACCACCGUCCCGUUGUGGCCCUCUUCGACAUCGGCACGCGGGCCUACACCGGCUGA